CAUAUUCUAAGAUACCCAUAUGCGUAAUGUAUGAUCUCAUUGGAUUGAGUCUCAUGGACAUGGCCAAAGAGGGAAUAAUAAGUGAAGAGCAAGUGGAUUGCUUCAACAUGCCACUGUAUCCUGCGUCUCCGAGGGAGAUUGCGCAGCUAGUCAAAAUGGACGGUAGUUUUCACAUAGAGAAGAUGGAACUGCUUAACACCCAAACGAGGUAUGAAGGUGGACUCCAUGCACAAGAUAUUGUGAUACACCUAAGAGCGGGCUUGGAGGGGAUCAUCAGCAAACACUUCAGAAGCGAGAUCAUCGACGAACUCUUUCGACGUCUUGUGGAAAAGACUCAGGAUUUCAGCCACCUACUGGAAUCGAGCUACAAGGAAGGGACUCUAAUGUUCAUUGUUCUCAAACGCCAUUGAUGCAUCUUUUGAAGAUGACUCUA